AUGAACUUCCAUAGUCGCCACUUCGUGGCUCGACGUUUAUUUAUUCCCGCCGAUCUCGGCGGUGAGAGGAGAAACAAUGGCCGUUACGAGCAGUUCAAGUAUCACUACUGGGGUUAUUCAAAGGCCCCGGCCAAUCUCCAUGAGAUCCAGCCAUCGAGGGCUAGCAUCCUGUCGGCCCAUCGUCAAAAUGCAAACGGUAUAUCAAAACGACCUCUGCGUCCUAGACAGCUGUGCUUGCUUCGAGACGAGGGAGGAAUUGUGAUUGUAAACGUCAGCGAAUGGGAGGCAGUGCAUGGAAGCAUCGAGUACUUGUUCAUAUGCUAUACCACCGAACAGUUCAGUCACGAGUUGAAUGAAGACAUGGAUGAGCUUCAUCGCAUUGCCGAGGCUGCAACAAGGACAGCUGGAGUCGCUGCUUAUUGGCUCGCGUGCAGCUGCAUGCCCGAGGAUGAGGAACAAUUUGAAGAUGUCUACCGGAUCAGCGACGUCGUCCGGGGUGCCCAUGCCCUAGUGGUGAUUAUCGGCCCUCCUCCUGGUUUUAGCCCAGACGCAAGUGAAAUGCUCCGUCAUCUGGGAAGUAGGAUGUGGACCUUCCCAGAGGUUCUCCUGAGCUCAUCGAGGCACCCUAUUUCAAUAUACACGCGUGGUUGUGCCCCGGAUUCCUUCCGGACUCUGUCCAAGCGGAACUUUGCGAUCGAAGCCUGGGGAGACGCUCCUGUCUCAAGACAGCUUAUCGAUCAUUAUGAAGCAUCGAUUAUACUCAGUCCUCUGGAGCUGGUCUCCGUUGCCUUGCAAUGCUUUCCGAAUCGUGACACCACGGCGUACUAUCCAGGAGACCUUUCAUACGCUCUCAUGGGGCUGUUACGACGCCGCCCAAAUGUUAACCAGAAUGACUCGGCUUUUGAAGCCUUUUGUCGACUCUCUUUGGCCAACGACAGCGAUCAGCUGAUUGAGCGGCUGAUAUGCAUGCUCCCUCGAAAGAACGACCGACCCUGGCAUGAAAUAGACGACUUCUGGGACAGUAAUCUCUGGGACAUUGAGCCUCUUUGCCAAGUCGUCGGUCUCGGGGGCGAAGAUACUGUGAUCCUAAGUGGUGCCUUUGGUGCCCCGAUACGCUGGAAAUCCUUCGAGCCGGUAAACCUUUUGAUGCGCAACACAGUGAGACGUUGGGUGGCCAGAGCUGUCCUUCGCAGUACUCCUCUUUGGCUCUUUACAGGCGUUGUCUCUUUGCUAGCAAGCAGUCUGUCCAAAGGAAUCACUUUGCUCACAAUGAUUGGGUGGAUAUUUACAGGCCUCUAUAUCUUAGUCAUGUUGGCUUCUCCGUAUCUCAUCUACUAUCUAUAUGUUGGCAAGACAUGGGCGGCGCAGCCAUGGCUGUUCGGAUUCGAGGGCUACAUGGACAUUGGUGAGAUUGAGACACUCAUCUUCGGUAUCAAUCUUGGCCGAUUGAAGUGGAGUCCAUAUUCUAGCGACCUCUCGCUGCAUGAAGCCCAGAACGGCGAGUGCGCGGGACAAGAUCCAACGCGCAGACAAUCCACCGCACAGUUUGUGUACGCUGCCCAGAAUUCCCAGUAUGGAGAGCUCAAGCUCUUCACCUUGAUCGACACCAAUACCUUGACCGUCACCCUAUUCCGGGCCGUCCGCCCACCGGUGGCAAUGCUGCUCUGCGGCAGUGAGGGUGGCAUGCAGCGAGCUCUGCUAUGUUCUUAUGACUGGAAAUCCCAGACCCUCUACCGUGAAAGUGUCCUGCAGGUGGACACGCUCGUCUUGGACCGGAUGUCACGGGUGGAUCGAUUUCGGCUUGGGUUGAAAAGGUCUGUGGCGGAGACGAUAACGGCAACAGCACCCCAAUACCCCAAGGGCGAUGACACAGCAGACUUCGGCCACUUUGUGAGCAAUGAAGACGAGGAACUUGAUCUCGAAGAGGCUGUCGAGCCCUGGCAUAAGUACGAUAUAAAGAAAACUUCACAUGUCUCCUAUCCCAUUUGUGUCGGAGAAGUGCUCAAUGAGAGAUACCUGGUAGAGCAUAAAAUCGGGUCUGGAUGCUUGUCCACUGUCUGGAUGGCCCACGACAUUCGGGACAAGAAGGAUGUAGCCCUCAAAGUGAUGUCUUCGGGAGAAUGGGGAGAAACCGAAAUCCGCGUGCAGGACAAAUCGUCCAAAAUGUACAAGAUGCCUCUCUCCACGAUCUCAAUAGAAGUCCCAAAUACGAGGCGCUCGGCCGGCCACUAA